CACGUUUUCUGACUAGCACAGGACAUGUGGAGUAGCGAUCUCUACGACAACUCCAUCACCAAGAAGAACAAGCUCCGCUGCAUCAUGCAAAGCAAAGGCGAGCGCGGCCACAUGCGCCAGUACUUCCGCAACAUGUCCCGCGCCAUGGCCGCCAUGUGCGAUGUCUUCGCCACUGUAAUGGACAAAAACAUCAACCCUCAGCACAAGGACUUCGACACGGUCGUGCAGAAUGGCAUCUGGUACAAGACAGAGUUUCCGCAGCUGUAUCUGGGCGGCCUUGGCAAGCGGGUGACGCAGAUCGAGGCCAUUUCACCGGAUGGGAAUACUGCGUUUACGUACUGGACUCAGGGCGGGCAUCCACAGAGUGAGAAGCGCAAUGAGGGGUUGACGUUUGGUUCGAACGUCUCGUUCAACCAUACUGCGUUCGACGAUGAGUUUGAUGCCGAUUUUGAGUUCGAUGAUGCGGAAUGGGACGACUCCUGGUUCGACGAGGAUGACUUUGACGAUGACUUUGAGGAAGAUGAGUCGCUUGACCUGAGGUCUCUUGACGCGAGGGCUGCUAAGUGCCCACUGAAGCCUGGGACGACCGAUUCCAGGGCUGGCUCCUUCGACAUUGGCGGAAGCCACCCAAUUGCGUGGUAGACGUGUUUCGGUCAACGCCGGUCCGCUGAAUUCUUGUGCCGCUUCGAAAGGUCGACCCGUCUUCAUAUCCUUCGAUUCUUGUACCUUGUUUGGCUUUUGUUGCAAUCUCGUCUGUAAAUAGCUUGUGGCAUAUACUAUAAACGUUGACUAGGCCGAGCUACUUAGUCAUUCCAUCGCUAAAACUGGUCUGAGUGAUCAUAUUGCCCGAACUUGUCCGCG